AUGCAGGCCCUGCUCAGGUGGGGAAUCUGGUCUUCCUUCAUGGCUGCUCUCUUUAUCUUUGCAGGCACUGGGAAGUGGAGUUGUUUGGUGACCUCAGACACCCUGCGAGACUGUCAACAGGAGAAUGCAGGCACCUGUUACAACACGGUGGUCUCUCCUAUCUACUUUGUCUCCUUUGUGCUGACUGCCCAGUUUGUCCUGGUCAACGUGGUCAUAGCCGUUCUCAUGAAACACCUGGAGGAGAGCAACAAAGAGGCCAAGGAGGAGGCAGAGCUGGAGGCUGAACUACAGCUGGAGCUCCAGCAUGGAGGAGGGGGAGGCAGUGGGAGAUCACCCCAGCUAAGCCCUCUGGACUUGGGCAUGGAGGUGGGCGGACCUGGUGUGUCCCCCUGGAGGUCUCCAGAGAGGGAGAUCCAGAGGAGGGCCAGCGUGAUGGUGGAUUCUCCCCAAGCAGAUAUCACUACAAGAGACACCAGCUCUGAUCCCCUGCUAGUCCUGGAGCCACCGCUGGAGAUGGAGAUACUCGAUCCCGGGGAGCCAUUGGAGGACAACCUGCUAAGCGUACGGAAGUCAACGGUGGGCCGCACCCACUCGCUACCCAAUGACAGCUAUAUGUUCCUGCCUCUGGAGCCCUUCGGAUCCCCAGGAGCCGGCCUGGGCCCUGGUUUAGCCUCACAGACACAGACUACAGGACCACAGCACAUAGAGACCAUCAACAAGGCCCUGUCAGGCUCAUGUACCUCGCUACGGACCCAACCAGACGACAGACCCAGCAGUCCUCACAGCCUUUCACACUCCCAGAGUAUACACACUCUCAGCCGCACGCUCCGCAGACAG